GUAAGUCAACCCCCACCCCCCCACCACCACAGGAAGCUAAGGUAGACUAGGAAUGGUAUAAAAUUCACCCCCAAAGCUCAUCUGUACAUCUCCUCUCUUCUGGGCUGAAUAUCAAGAAAGAGCCAAGAACAAAGAAAAAGAACUGAAGAAUGAUUUUCUCUAGAGUCAUCUUUUCUGCUAUGGUCAUGCUUCUGCUUUCUGAAAGUGCUCAGUGCAGAAGAGUUGACUGUAAGUCUGAAUGUUGCUCAUUUGUGGAGGGCUUUCCUGUGAGGCUGAAGGAGCUCCGUUCUGCAUACAGAGAAAUACAGAGGUUUUAUGAGUCCAAUGACGACUUAGAACCAUUAUUAAACGAGAACGUGCAACAGAACAUCAAUAGUCCUUAUGGAUGCCAUGUCAUGAACGAGAUCCUGCGCUUCUACUUGGAGACCAUUCUGCCAACAGCUGUCCAGAAGAACCACUUGCACCCGAAAACACCCAUCGACUCCAUUGGAAGUAUAUUUCAAGAUCUCAAGCGGGAUAUGGUCAAAUGUGUAAGUCCAUCUUUUGGUCCUUAUGAAAUUAGUUUAAAGGAUGAUUUAAGAGAAAAGAUUUGAUCUCUCUGACAAAACUGACAAACAC